AUGGCAACAGUAGUCAGCCUUGGCAUUUUAUCAUGGGUCACUCAGUCUUAUGGAAUACUGUUUGGUCUACCAAGAGGAGAUGCUUCACACUGCCCUCCUGUCCCUGGCUCCAUUCCUUAUUAUUUUGGUACAACUGACCUCAUGUGUAUGAGGUAUGGUUUACACAGAAAAACUCCAAUAAUGCGGAGAAAUGCACCCAGUCGAUUCACUUUCAACCCCACUCACCGAUGGAUCUACUAUGCAGGAACAUACUUGGAGUUUGGCAACAGAAUAGGGAAGGAUGCAGCAAAAAUUAAAUUUGACCAUCCAAAUCUUGGUGAUGUCUGUCCCUUGAAGAUUGAGCCACAGCCUGCUGGCUUCAGUAGACUGAGUCUUGAGUGUGUCAUAGGAUGUGUGGAAAACUAUACCGAGAAAUAUGGCAACUACCAUGUGUACACAAACAACUGUCACCAUUUUGUAAACAAAAUUUCCAAAGUCAUGUGUGAAGCAGUAAUUUGUCCUCAAUGGUGUAUGAGAAGAAUUCUAUAACAAUGUGAGAUUCCUGAGAGUGAGGCAUAUGUCAGCUGUAUCAAGUACUGUCUACAACUUGUGUCUCAUAUUCAUAUGGAAUGAAUAAUGAAAUAAAUAUUGCAAAAUUA